UCUUCCUGCGCUAAGAUUGGCUAUAACUCUCACACUCACACUCCAUCAGCCAAUCAUAAUGAUGUACUGCAAAAGAACCCGAGCGCGAAGGAGGAACUUGUCAGAAAACGGAGGGCGCUCGGUAACAGACUGAAACCCACAGCAAAGCAUUCGAGUGUGAAACGGAGAAGCAUGCAAUAAACCCAGCAGAGCAUUAGCUAUGAAUACUUUCGAAAGUGUGUUAUGAGAAAUUUCGACAUCUGGGAAGAAGGCUGCAGUAAAAACAGACAGGAGUAAAGAUGCAGGCUCAGGAAGAAGGUAGUGCUCUGUUCCUGCGCUGUCUGCUGUCUCCUCUCAGGCUGCUGUCUGCAGCUGGAUGGCACCUGAUCCAACAGGAAGCGGUAACACACUACGGCAUGCUGGAGGAGUUUGUGUCUCUCAUCACUGACACUCUGCCUGAUCUGCUGAGUUACAGACAGAAGACUCAGCUCACCAUGGGUCUCAGAGCAAAGCUUGUUCUGGAGUUAUGUGCCAUGGAGUCUCCGGCUGAUCCAGAUACAGUUCAGGCCAAUUUACAGCGGAUCGAGACCCUCGUUGCACUUCACAAGGAACUGGAGGCAGGUGAUACACGUGUGGAAGAAUCUGGAGCAAACUUUGUGGCUCUGGUGCAGAUUUUAAUGAAGGAUCCAGCUGAGAGAAGCGUUUUCUUUAAGGAUGUAUAUCCCUUGCAGUAUGGCGUGAAGUUCAGUAUGGCGUUACAGAAGCUGAUGUGGCUGUUUCUGUCUAGACUAGUAAAUGCUCUUCCACAGCCUACUCUAGAGGAGGCUGCCCAUAUGCUCAGCACUGCCCCUACAGUCAUGGAGGAAUGUGUUCAGUCUCUCUCACAACCUCAGCAAAUGAGAAACAUUCUUAAAUAUCAAAAAGAAGCCAAUGCAGAAAUAAAAGAAUUGACACAGUUGUUUUCCACCUCUCCUGAUGAUUGCAUACUCUCCUGUCUCAGCAGUCCUCAAUUAGAACAAAUUCUUCUCAGAGAACAGACACCUCUAGACACUCAGUCAGAGUCAGGGCUUAAUUACAUCCCUUCAUAUUGCCAAGAGGUCCAGCUAGAGUCAGUUGUUAUUGCCCAGUACAUUCAGAAUGACCUAUCUGAGGAAAAUGAUGACAGCAUACAGUACGAUGCACAAGAAUCGAAAGAAUGUGAUCCAGCAGACACUAACAAUUCUACGGAAGAGGUCGAAUCUGUGGACACUAUGAACACUUUGGAUGAAAGAUCUGAAAAGGAAGAUCUUGUCCAAGUCAGUGUUGUGGACAUGGAAGCUGCUGAUGCCAGAGAGGAAUCCCUAACUCCUCGAGAAGAGACGGGAAUAGUGAAGAAUCAGACGGAGGAAGCAGAGUCGGUCAGAUUGUACAAAAUCAAACAGCCUUUUGUUAAACUGCACAGGCUUGAUCUUUCUGAUACACAACUUUCUAAGACUUUUAACCUUGGACCACGAAAACGAGGCUGUGGCCGACCAAGGAAGGAUCCUCAGAAUAAAACAUCAUGCAGUAAAAAGCAGGAAGAGAAAAAUGUUAUGGUUCCAGGUGCAUCAAUUAACAGGUUCAUGUACUGGCCAAUAGGACUCAAAAAUGGCAUCUCCAGCAUUGUUCCAAAGUUAAAGAAGAAAUAUACAGUAGUGAAAAAGGCACCUGGGCAAUAUGCCUGCUCUCUGUGCUCCUUCCAGGAUGGUGAGGAGAUCCAGCUGCACCACCACCUCAUCGUUCACCAUCCAGAAGAAUACAAGCGGCUUUAUGUGUCUAAAGAAGAAACGACACCUCAGGACAUCGUGAGCACACCUCAUCACUCAGAAAACCAGAGUAGCCCUGUCAGUAAGGUUCGGUCCUACAGAGGAGUACCGGUCUGUAAAACAUGCCCCACUUGCGGCAAGACGUUCAGUCGAAGCUCGGAUAUGAGAAGACAUCAGGUGUCUCAUACAGUCGAUCGUCCUUUUCUGUGCCGGAAUUGUGGUAAGACCUUCAGGUACACUUUUGAUUUGAGGAGACAUCAGCAGCGUGUCUGUGCACCUAAAGAUUACGUGGUGGUGUACCGGAGAAAGGUCGCAGUCACAGAGGAUGGAAGUGAAAACAUUGAGGUAAAUGAAGCAACAUGUCAGGAUCUCUACAACUCUAGUGAGAAAACAGAAAGUUCAGAUCCAGUUAUAAGUCCUGGCUCUGGAAUUCAGCCCAGCUCUGUGAUGUUCAUGAGUGAUGUAUCAGAGCCCACACAUGGUCCAAGCUCAAUCCCGGUCAACUGGCACUCAAGAUGCCUCUUGAGAUCCCCUUCAUCCAUCCACCCUCAUAAAUGCUCUCACUGUGGUGAAGGCUUCAAGUAUUCCUACAACCUCCAAAAACAUGAGGAUGUUUGUGAAGGGAAAAAUCAGUGCACAAGUUCAGUACAGUGUCUUUCCACAGAGCAAGAGUCUGACGCAGCUGAACCUGGGACUGGUGUUUCUGCAGAUGCUUUACAUCAAGAAUCUGUGUGUAUGGAUGAGCAAGAACAACAGGGGAAUGCGGCUCAAUCCAUGAAGAGCAAUUCGUUUCUCACCUGCAGUCGGUGUGAGAAGAAUUGUAAAGAUGCGGGAACACUAAUAAAGCACAAGCAGAUUUGUGGAAGCUGUGAGCGAUGCUUCAAGUGUGUGAAAUGUGAUGCUUUGUUCAAUACACUGCUUGAGAUUCAGAAGCAUGUGCACAUUCAUUGGGGAGAAGAUCUGCUGCAGUGUUCUCAGUGUGGUAAAUACUGCCUGAGCCAAAGUGAACUAGCAAGGCAUACUUUGGCGCAUGAGAAGGAGAGCAAGCAUCCCUGUACUUUGUGCUCUGAGACUCUCGAGCGGCUCGACUCGCUGAGGGAGCACUACCUCAAGGUCCAUAAUUUCAAAGGACCCUACCAGUGUUCCAAGUGCGCCAAAAGUCACACGGACCUCAAGGCUUUAGUUAAACACAUGAAGACACAUAGCGAGGAGCGGCCUUACCAGUGUUCUUAUUGCUCGAAGAGCUUUAAACAGCGCAGUGCACUCACUGUACAUGCAAAAAUUCACACCGGGGACAAGGCUUUCCUGUGCGAGGAGUGUGGGAAACGCUUCAACAGCAACAUCAGUCUGCAGAGGCACUCAGUGUCUCACAAAUCAGAAAGACCAUAUACAUGCUCUCAGUGCAAGAAUCGCUUUAAAACCCGUCACGCUCUCCAGAGUCAUUCGCUAAAGCAUACGACAGGAGCGAGCAUUCCCUGCGAGUUCUGCGGGAAGAUGUUCUUCCGAGCGUCCACACUACACAGACAUCGCCGGACCCACACGGGAGAGAGGCCAUACAGCUGCCCUAAAUGCGCCAAGACGUUCCUGACCAAGGGCGAGGUUGCGAAACACAUGCGCUAUCAUACGGGAGAGCGACCUUUCCGCUGUACGCUCUGCUCCAAGACCUUCACACAGACAUGCUAUUUGAGCGUCCACAUGCGAAUACACACGGGAGAGCGGCCUUACAACUGCAGCAUUUGUAAAAGAGGUUUUGUUUGCAAUACACACUUGAAAAGACACAUGCUGGUGCAUACGCAGGAAAGGCCGUUCAAAUGUGGCUGUGGAAAAUCUUUUAAUCAGGCACAUACUUUAAAAGUGCAUCAGAAAAGCCAGUGUCUCUCACCAAAGAAAUAGUUUUCAAUUGGGUUCUGAUUCUUCCUUCACAGAUACACUAAGCCCUUUAAAGACCUACAGCCAUACAUUAUACCUCUAGGGUUGUUGCCUGGUUUUCUUUAUAUCUUAAUUAUGUUUUAAUGCAGAUCCUUCAAGGAGCAGAGAAAAUUUAUUAGUCCUCAUGAUACACUAUAUUGCCAAAAGUUUUGGGACACCCCUCCAAAUCGUUGAAUUCAGGGGUUGGGCUUGGUUCCUUAGUUCCAGUGGAAGGUAUUCUUAAUGCUUCAUAAUACCAAGACAUUUUGGACAAUUUCAUGCUCCCAACUUUGUGGGAACAGUUUGGGGAUGACCCCUUCCUGUUCCAACAUGACUGUACACCAGUGCACAAAGCAAGGUCCAUAAAGACAUGGAUGAGUGAGUUUGGUGUGGAGGAACAUGACUGGUCCUGACCCCAACCUUAUAGAACACCUUUGGGAUGAAUUAGAGUGAAGACAGUGACUCAAUAUAGGCCAAGCCCAACCCCUGAUAAACAACACCUAAAUUCAAUGAUUUGGAGGGGUGUCCCAAAACCUUUGGCAGUAUAGUGUGACUUGAGAAGUUGAAAUGCAAUUCAUAAAUACAAUUUUUACUUCUUAGUGUUGAGGGGAGGAACUACAACCUUUAAUUUUAUAGCAUUUUAUAUUGGUUCACUUGCUCCCCCCAAAAUAUGAUGUUUCAUAUUACAUCUACUACCAGGACUGUAAUGUAAUUACAUAAAGACUGCAUCAUACAGCUUAUCUGAGUUUCGUUACCACAGUAUUCCCUACCUGUGAAAAUAAAUAUUGAUAUGAAAGUUGUACUGAAUGACAAAUAAAACCUUUA